GGCGGGGAGAAGCAGUGAGGCGGCGCGGGCGGCCGUCGGGGUUGGGCGGCGGCGGCUGGGAAGGCCUGCUAGAGCUUCGGAAGGAGCCGGUCUCGGCGCGCGGCCACCAUGUCGGCGCCGUCGGAAGAGGAGGAGUACGCGCGGCUGGUGAUGGAGGCGCAGCCGGAGUGGCUGCGCGCCGAGGUGAAGCGGCUGUCUCACGAGCUGGCCGAGACCACGCGCGAGAAGAUUCAGGCGGCCGAAUAUGGGCUGGCGGUGCUCGAAGAGAAGCACCAGCUCAAGCUGCAGUUCGAGGAGCUCGAGGUGGACUAUGAGGCCAUCCGCAGCGAGAUGGAGCAGCUCAAAGAGGCAUUCGGGCAGGCACACACAAACCACAAGAAGGUGGCUGCGGAUGGUGAGAGCCGGGAAGAAAGCCUGAUCCAGGAAUCAGCCUCCAAGGAGCAGUACUAUGUACGGAAGGUGCUGGAGCUGCAGACAGAGCUAAAGCAGCUGCGUAACGUGCUCACCAACACGCAGUCAGAGAAUGAGCGCCUCACAUCGGUGGCCCAGGAGUUGAAGGAGAUCAACCAGAAUGUGGAGAUCCAGCGAGGCCGCUUGCGGGAUGACAUCAAGGAGUACAAGUUCCGGGAGGCCCGCCUAUUGCAGGACUACUCAGAACUGGAGGAGGAGAACAUCAGCCUGCAGAAGCAAGUGUCUGUGCUCAGACAGAACCAGGUGGAGUUUGAGGGCCUAAAACAUGAGAUCAAGCGUCUGGAGGAGGAGACGGAGUACCUCAACAGCCAAUUGGAGGAUGCCAUUCGGCUCAAGGAAAUCUCAGAGCGGCAGCUGGAAGAGGCACUAGAGACACUGAAGACAGAGCGAGAACAGAAAAACAGUCUGCGCAAGGAGCUAUCGCACUACAUGAGCAUCAACGACUCCUUCUAUACCAGCCACUUACAAGUUUCUCUGGAUGGCCUCAAGUUCAGCGAUGAUGCCACUGCUGAGCCCAACAAUGAUGCCGAGGCCCUAGUUAAUGGUUUUGAGCAUGGCAGCCUAGCCAAGCCCCUGCCAGACAAUAAGACAUCCACACCCAGGAAGGAUGGCCUGGUGCCUCCCUCCCCCAGCCUUGUUUCUGAUCUGCUCAGUGAGCUUCACAUCUCUGAGAUCCAGAAGUUGAAGCAGCAGCUGGUGCAGAUGGAGCGGGAGAAAGUGGGCUUGCUGGCAACACUACAGGACACACAGAAGCAGCUGGAACAGGCUCGGGGAGCUCUGUCAGGGCAGGAAGAGAAGGUGAGCCGUCUUACAGAGAACCUGAAUGCCCUGCGGCGCCUGCAGGCUGGCAAAGAGCGGCAGACAGCUCUGGACAACGAGAAGGACCGUGACAGCCAUGAGGAUGGUGACUACUAUGAGGUGGAUAUCAACGGACCUGAGAUCCUGGCCUGCAAAUACCAUGUGGCUGUGACUGAGGCUGGCGAGCUCCGGGAGCAGCUCAAAGCACUGCAGAGUACACACGAAGCUCAGGAGGCCCAGCAUGCUGAGGAGAAGGUUCGUUAUGAGGCUGAGGCCCAGGCACUCUCUGAGAAGGUAUCCCUGCUAGAAAAGAACAGCUGCCAGGACCGUGAUUUGCUGGCCCAGUUGGAGAAAGAGCUGAAGAAAGUGAGUGAUGUGGCCGGUGAGACCCAGGGCAGCCUGAGUGUGGCCCAAGAUGAGCUCGUGACCUUCAGCGAGGAGCUAGCCAACCUCUACCACCACGUGUGCAUGUGCAACAAUGAGACACCCAACCGUGUCAUGCUGGACUACUACCGAGAGGGUCAGGGUGGGGCAGGCCGCACCAGCCCAGGAGGCCGCACCAGUCCCGAGGGUCGUGGGCGCCGCUCGCCUAUUCUCCUUCCCAAAGGGCUGCUGGCCACAGAUGUGAGUCGAGUAGAUGGUGUUGCUGGAGACAGCAGCCCCUCACCCAGCUCCUCACUGCCAUCGCCCCUCAGUGAUCCCCGCCGAGAGCCCAUGAACAUCUACAAUCUGAUUGCAAUCAUCCGAGACCAGAUCAAGCACUUGCAGGCAGCUGUGGACCGCACAACAGAGCUCUCUCGGCAGCGCAUUGCCUCCCAGGAGCUGGGCCCAGCUGUGGACAAGGACAAGGAGGCACUCAUGGAAGAGAUCCUCAAGCUGAAAUCACUGCUCAGCACCAAGCGGGAACAGAUCACCACGCUGCGCACAGUGCUCAAGGCUAACAAGCAGACAGCGGAAGUGGCCCUCGCCAAUUUGAAGAGCAAAUACGAGAAUGAAAAGGCCAUGGUGACUGAGACCAUGAUGAAGCUGCGCAAUGAGCUCAAGGCCCUCAAAGAGGAUGCAGCCACCUUUUCUUCUUUGCGCGCCAUGUUUGCUACCAGGUGUGACGAGUACAUCACACAGCUGGAUGAGAUGCAGCGGCAGCUGGCAGCUGCUGAGGAUGAGAAGAAGACACUUAACUCCUUGCUGCGAAUGGCCAUCCAGCAGAAGCUGGCGCUGACCCAGCGGCUGGAGCUGCUCGAGCUGGACCACGAGCAGACCCGGCGGGGCCGCACCAAAGCUGCCCCUAAGGCCAAGCCAGCCACCCCGAGUGUAAGUCACACCUGUGCCUGUGCCAGCGACAGGGCCGAGGGCACCGGGCUCGCCAACCAGGUGUUCUGCAGCGAGAAGCACAGCAUUUACUGUGAUUAGGGCUGUGGGGCGCCGCAUGCUGCAGCUAACGUCCGCUUCACCUCAACUAACCCAGCAGUGGGACAGUGGUGCUAGGCAAGUCUUAACGUGACUAAUGCACAGAGGGCAAGAUUCUAGCUGAGUGGCAGCAUGGGGCAUCACUGUCACCAGGACGCUCCUAUGAGUUUAUGUCACUUCCUACUCCACUCCCCUCCGGAGCACCUGUUUUAGCUGCUGUCUUAAGGGGUCAGAGGUAGGGAUGGAGCUAUAUACCCUGUUGCAAGACAGAUGUGCAAAAAUGUCUCCCAGGGGCACCUUAGGGAAAGAGUUCUGGUCUCACUCCCUCAGCACCCACAGAGGGAUAACCUGAGUUGAAAGUUGCAUGUUCCUCAUAUGUGUCUAACAUCAGUACCUGCGAACAGUUUUAGAAGGUUCCAGUAUAUAUCACAGGUCAAGCCUCAGUGGGCAACUGUGGCUGGCAGAGUUCUAUAUGGAAAAGAGUUGUUUUAGUUUGUGCAGGAUCUCAUUACAAGUCACAUCCAGGACAAUAGUGCAGAAUUUUAUCCCAAACCUGAGGAGAGUGGUCCUGAGCUCCUGCAUUCUACAAAUGAGACUCACACACAGCUGCGUGUAGCCCAGGAAAGCAGAGCUCAAUAGCCCCAUUGUCUUGUUUCUGAGAUCUACAUGCUGGCCUGCUGGCCUGUAAGAUGACAAACUGACAGGGCCUGAGGCUAAGGGCUUCCUUUUUUUAAUGAGAAAAGUGUUCCAAGUGCCUGGCCAGACCUUGGUCCUCAGUGUGAAGCCCCCCCUUUUGUAGAAGCAAGUCUUAGAGAACCACAUCCUAAAGUCUGAGUGGCCAGUAGGCUUGGCUGAAUUGCCAGACACCCAUGUGGUAGCAGAGCUGGGCCCAUACUGAGAGGGCAUGGCUGAGGCCCAAGGCUGGUUCCCAGAGUUGGUAUGGUAUCGGUGGUUCUCUAGCAGUUUGGGGGUACCAACGAAAAGAAAAAGGUCAACCAAGGGCUUGCCUAUUUCUCAGAGGCUUCAUCCACACCGGAGUUGUGGCAUUAGGUGUCUCAGUUCAUGUGUGCUGAAGCAGAACCCUUCUCAGUAUUUCCCUCCUGACUCCCCAGGGGGCAGCAGGCAUAAGGCUGCCCUCUGCUCUUCUGACAGCUGCUCAUCUGUCUCCUUGUAGAAAGAGGCUUGAUGCUGUUACACCACACAGGGCCCUGUUGUCCCCCACACAGCUGUCUGUCCCAUUCUUUUCCUUGAUGCUGAAGGUGACUUGGUCUUCUCCAGACUAUAGGCAGUGCAUGGUGCAGAACAGUAGGAAUAUAGGAUAGGACAUGGGUGUGCCCUACACACCCAUCCUGGGGAUGGCUGCCUGCAUGCCUGCCCCCUCCCUCUGCCUUGCUCUCUCUUCACCAGGCCAGCACGCAGCUUCUCUUGUACCUGUAAGGGGCUUUGCGUUCCCUCAGAGCCACCGGCCCCGCUAACAUACAUGCAGGUCUCUGCCAACUAACCGGCUCGCACAUUCCCAGCACAGUGAGAACUUAGUUGUCAAGUGAGCAGGAGGCAACAGGUGGCCCAUUUCUAAUGCUGUCUUGUUUUCUCCCAUUUUCAGCUGUAGAGUAGCUGCUGGGAGGAUGUGACCACCCGGCCCUGUCACACUGCAGCCCCCCCUCCCCUCCCGUGGCCCAUGCAAAGGAAGGAAGGGUAACCUAAAAGUCCACUUAGAAAUGUUUUGGAUAUACCACUGCAAUCCUUUUCUAAAUAGCAUUCCCCAAGUUUUUAAUAGGAGGGGAAAAAGCUUUAAUACUGAGAAUGCCGUGAGCUGCUGCUUGGAAAGGCCUCUGUAGGGCCGAAGAACCUGCUUCCCAGCCACUACCAGGCUCACUAGGAGCCCGCUGGAACACCCACCACGGGUGUCCUUGUUACACAUGUUCCUUUUUUAUCCGAUCAACCUGUGCACUUUUGAUAUUUUGAUAUUAUAUUUGCUUCCUCGGUUUCUCUCCUAGAGAUGGUCUCAGAUGCCGUGGUCUGUGCUCGUGAUCCUGUAGCUGUCGGUCUUAGCUCUGGUGCAUUGAUCUGGCAUCAGCACAAGGCAGGGCUGUGUGCUCCAUAGUGAGUAGCUCUAGACUGGCGAUGAGGCUUUGGCCCAGCAAGGAGCUUGGCUAAGUAUAUCCAUGCUGUGGUUCAGCAGCCUUUUAGAUUAUACGGCAUUAUGGUUCAUGUUUGAAAUUACAGAUUUUAAAUGCCAUGUUCAUUAAGAAAUCCAGGGUAUUCCAAUUCUGGGGUUUUUCAUAUUGUAUUAUUAUUAUUCUUAGGAAUAGUUCAAUGUAACAAGAAGAAAACUUGACCUUUGCUCUGGUUAAAAUAGUAACAGGCACUUGAAAAAAGAUAAAUUAUUGAAUAAGUAGUAUUACCUACAAAUUCCAGAAUUUUCUGGGUUUUAGGACAUUGUGAAGCAUGACUGAUUAACAGAAUUUUAUACAACCGUACCAGUGAAAUUCCAAAUUGGAAUUGUUUUGUUACUCUGGUUGUUGUGCCAAAUUAUGGUACACUUAGAAAAUUCUACAGUUGUCGAUUUUUAGGGUGUUCUAUUUCAACACCUUUUUGUUAGUAAUCAUUGCCAGUAGUGCCUUCAUCAGUUAUGGGAGGUGUCCCAGCAAAGUCAUUUCUCUAAAAUGAACAGUGAAGAGCUAGUUGGGAAUGCUGAAGGCCAGUGUGGACCAACAGGUAGAAGAGGCACUUGCCUCACACCUGUACCUGGGCAUCUUCAUUGAGGGAAAGAAAACAGUAAUUGUGCAAAAUUCUGUUAGUCAGUGAUUCUUUACUUGCAAAUUCAGGGGCUUAGAAAACAAAAACAAACAAAACCUUGAUGUGCUUUGGGAACCAAAUGGACUUACUAGGACAAACUAAGCAAGCUGUACGAACACCACGUUUGUGAAGAGAACACCAUAUUUGUGAAGAGCUGAGGGCAUCAGAGCCAGCUCGGUUGGUUGACAUGUGAGUGUGGGAUGAGGGUUAGCCAUAGUAUUCUUUGCAAAUGUGAAAACAAGAUAUUAUAUCUUCUCUUGCUUGGUGUAACUAAUCACUGUUAAUUUCAGGAAACAGAACUCAUUAAAGAUCCUUAGCAAACCAGGUCUGCAUCCUGUUCUGUUUGCUGAGUGAGGUUCAUGGGGAUGAUCAAAUUGGUACUAGUGGAGGAAGAAAAACUGUCCUCUGUCCUCCAAAAAAAAAAAAAAAAGGGACAAAUUAUAAUAAUAUAAAUUGCAAGAAUUAAAGAAUUCUGUUUCCUGGAAUAAGCAUUUCUUACUCCUGUUUGUUGGGACUCCUAUUUUUACCUUCUGUUACAGUGUUGAUUCAUAAAAAAUAUUGUUACAUUUGAGAUAACUUCAUCUGUAUGGGGUAUUUAUUUGCAAUGUCUACGUACUGUAUUUUUUCUGUGCAUUACCUUAGUGUCAGAAUGUUGGUCUUUAUUUUAAAAGUCAUAUGCAUGUUCUCCUGCCAAGGAACCUUUACACAGACCCAAACAAAAAAUUUUAAUAAUAAGCAGAUGCCUUCAGUUUCUGAGAAAAUGAGGCAGAGCAUGGAAAAGGAAUAGAAAAGAAAAAUAAUUGAGACUCUCAAGACAGAUUCAUGAUAUGAAUGUCUACAAGGUCAGCACACAUAGGAACAGUGGGCCUGGGUAAAGAGUCUCGUUGGUAGGACCAAUAAAUAAAGAGUAAUAAAAAGACAAAGCACA